AUGGCCGCACUAUCGGAUCGAAGGAGAAUCAACGCGCCAAGUGGUGGCACGACUGCGCCUGUAUUCGCAAAGACUUUGAAAGAGCCAGGAUACUUGGAAGAGUUGCGACCGCAACGCUCUCGAGACCCAAAAGAGCUUCGGAAAAUCUGUGAGUGUUUACAAUGUUUCAUUACUGUUACCGCACAUCCCCAGAAGUUGAAAUUGGUAUUAACAACUUUGUCAACAGUUCUCCAAACCUCCAUAAUACCCUCAGCAUCAGGCUCCGCAUACCUCGAAAUCCCCAACACAAACCCCCCAAGCACAUCCACACUUAUUCCGCCAACUUCGUCCCUCAAAAUCACCGCCUCAGUUCAAGGUCCCAAACCACUCCCACGUUCCGCCCCAUUCAGUCCAACCCUUCUCUUAACCACAACUGUCAAGUUCGCGCCUUUCGCUACGCGCCACCGACGAGGCUACAUUCGUGAUGUCGCGGAACGGGAUUUGGGCGUGCAUCUGGAAACUGCGCUACGGGGCGUUAUAAUCGGUGAGAGGUGGCCCAAGAGUGGCGUCGAGGUUGUGGUGACAGUAUUGGAGGGUGACGAGGAUGCGUGGUGGGGUCAAGAUGGAGGGGGGAACGGUAGCGGAUGGGGUCUAUUGAAUGUGCUUGCAGGCUGCAUUACAGUUGCUGGGGCGGCUAUUGCGGAUGCGGGCAUCGACUGCGUGGAUAUGGUUUCUGGGGGUGUAGCGGCUUUCGUGAGAGGGCCUGCGGAUGGUGGUGAGGUUUUGGCGCUGGACCCUUGUCCAGCUGAGCAUCAGGAAAUCGUUGCGGCGUGUGCAGUAGGCUACUUGCACUCAAGAGACGAGGUGACGGAGGUUUGGCUUAAGGGAGAUGCUGGCUUGGAGGCGGCGGAUUCGCUGAUUGAGGGGGCGACACAAGCAGCACAGGGAAGUUUUGGGGUGAUGAAAGAGGUCCUCCUGGAGAAUAUGGGAAAGAAUGUCAAGCCUGAAGAUGCAACAAGCAAAGUCGGUGGCAAAAGAAAGCAGGUCGAGGUGGAGAUGACAGGUUGA